GUUUGAAGCCGCAGCUGAUUCUCGGACAUCAUGCUGCCAGGAUUCAGCAGCCGGCUCUGGCUGCAGGCGGCGCUGCUGCUCCUGAUUGCAGUCCCGGAGACCAGGUCUCGGCAGAUCAGCAGUGUGACCUGCGAGGGCUCCCGGGCGCAGCUCAAAUGUGGGUCAGGACAGGUCAUCUCCGUCGUCAAAGCCAAUUACGGACGUCUGGACGCAACCAAGUGUGCAACCGGGAGGCCCAGAUCUCAGACCGCCAACACCCAGUGCUCCAACCCUGCACGGAAGCUGUCCCUGAUCUGUAACGGGAGAGCCAGCUGCAGCAUCGGCGCCACCAACUCCGUGUUCGGAGACCCGUGCCGCGGAACCUACAAGUACCUGGAGGUGGACUUCGUCUGUAAGAAACGUCAAAAGAGGAAUGGUCAGAGGAAGAGUUUGACCUGCGAGGGAAGAACAGCUAAACUCCGAUGCGGUGCUGGAAGGGUGAUCUCCGUCGUCAAAGCCAACUAUGGACGUCUGGACAAGAGGAGGUGCUCCAGAGGAAGAUCGAGGGCUCAGCUUGGAAACGUUCGCUGCAAGAAUCCUGCAAAGAAAGUAGCUCAGAGGUGUAACGGCAAGAGAAGGUGCAACCUCAAAGCCAGUAACUCCGUGUUUGGAGACCCAUGCCGUGGCACCUACAAAUACCUGGAGGUGGAUUUCGUCUGUAAGAAACGCCAGAAGAAGAAUAAGAAUGGUCGGAAAAAGAGGGUGACCUGCGAGGGAAAAACAGCUAAACUCCGAUGCGGUGCUGGAAGGGUGAUCUCCGUCGUCAAAGCCAAUUAUGGACGUCUGGACGGGAAGAAGUGCUCCAGAGGAAGAUCGAGGGCUCAGCUUGGAAACGUUCGCUGCAAGAAUCCUGCAAAGAAAGUAGCUCAGAGGUGUAACGGCAAGAGAAGGUGCAACCUCAGAGCCAGUAACUCUGUGUUUGGAGACCCAUGCCGUGGCACCUACAAAUACCUGGAGGUGGAUUUCGUCUGUAAGAAACGCCAGAAGAAGAAUAAGAAUGGUCGGAAAAAGAGGGUGACCUGCGAGGGAAAAACAGCUAAACUCAGAUGCGGUGCUGGAAAGGUGAUCUCCGUCGUCAAAGCCAACUAUGGACGUCUGGACGGGAAGAAGUGCUCCAGAGGAAGAUCGAGGGCUCAGCUUGGAAACGUUCGCUGCAAGAAUCCUGCAAAGAAAGUAGCUCAGAGGUGUAACGGCAAGAGAAGGUGCAACCUCAGAGCCAGUAACUCUGUGUUUGGAGACCCAUGCCGUGGCACCUACAAAUACCUGGAGGUGGAUUUCGUCUGUAAGAAACGUCAAAAGAAGAAUAAGAAUGGUCGGAAAAAGAGGGUGACUUGCGAGGGAAAAACAGCUAAACUCAGAUGCGGUGCUGGAAAGGUGAUCUCCGUUGUCAAAGCCAACUAUGGACGUCUGGACGGGAAGAAGUGCUCCAGAGGAAGAUCGAGGGCUCAGCUUGGAAACGUUCGCUGCAAGAAUCCUGCAAAGAAAGUAGCUCAGAGGUGUAACGGCAAGAGAAGGUGCAACCUCAGAGCCAGUAACUCUGUGUUUGGAGACCCAUGCCGUGGCACCUACAAAUACCUGGAGGUGGAUUUCGUCUGUAAGAAACGUCAAAAGAAGAAUAAGAAUGGUCGGAAAAAGAGGGUGACUUGCGAGGGAAAAACAGCUAAACUCAGAUGCGGUGCUGGAAAGGUGAUCUCCGUUGUCAAAGCCAACUAUGGACGUCUGGACGGGAAGAAGUGCUCCAGAGGAAGAUCGAGGGCUCAGCUUGGAAACGUUCGCUGCAAGAAUCCUGCAAAGAAAGUAGCUCAGAGGUGUAACGGCAAGAGAAGGUGCAACCUCAGAGCCAGUAACUCUGUGUUUGGAGACCCAUGCCGUGGCACCUACAAAUACCUGGAGGUGGAUUUCGUCUGUAAGAAACGCCAGAAGAAGAAUAAGAAUGGUCGGAAAAAGAGGGUAACCUGCGAGGGAAAAACAGCUAAACUCCGAUGCGGUGCUGGAAGGGUGAUCUCCGUCGUCAAAGCCAACUAUGGACGUCUGGACGGGAAGAAGUGCUCCAGAGGAAGAUCGAGGGCUCAGCUUGGAAACGUUCGCUGCAAGAAUCCUGCAAAGAAAGUAGCUCAGAGGUGUAACGGCAAGAGAAGGUGCAACCUCAGAGCCAGUAACUCUGUGUUUGGAGACCCAUGCCGUGGCACCUACAAAUACCUGGAGGUGGAUUUCGUCUGUAAGAAACGCCAGAAGAAGAAUAAGAAUGGUCGGAAAAAGAGGGUGACCUGCGAGGGAAAAACAGCUAAACUCCGAUGCGGUGCUGGAAGGGUGAUCUCCGUCGUCAAAGCCAACUAUGGACGUCUGGACGGGAAGAAGUGCUCCAGAGGAAGAUCGAGGGCUCAGCUUGGAAACGUUCGCUGCAAGAAUCCUGCAAAGAAAGUAGCUCAGAGGUGUAACGGCAAGAGAAGGUGCAACCUCAGAGCCAGUAACUCUGUGUUUGGAGACCCAUGCCGUGGCACCUACAAAUACCUGGAGGUGGAUUUCGUCUGUAAGAAACGCCAGAAGAAGAAUAAGAAUGGUCGGAAAAAGAGGGUGACCUGCGAGGGAAAAACAGCUAAACUCCGAUGCGGUGCUGGAAAGGUGAUCUCCGUCGUCAAAGCCAACUAUGGACGUCUGGACGGGAAGAAGUGCUCCAGAGGAAGAUCGAGGGCUCAGCUUGGAAACGUUCGCUGCAAGAAUCCUGCAAAGAAAGUAGCUCAGAGGUGUAACGGCAAGAGAAGGUGCAACCUCAAAGCCAGUAACUCCGUGUUUGGAGACCCAUGCCGUGGCACCUACAAAUACCUGGAGGUGGAUUUCGUCUGUAAGAAACGCCAGAAGAAGAACAAGGAUGAUCGGAAAAAGAGAGUGACCUGCGAGGGAAAAACAGCUAAACUCCGAUGCGGUGCUGGAAGGGUGAUCUCCGUCGUCAAAGCCAACUAUGGACGUCUGGACGGGAAGAAGUGCUCCAGAGGAAGAUCGAGGGCUCAGCUUGGAAACGUUCGCUGCAAGAAUCCUGCAAAGAAAGUAGCUCAGAGGUGUAACGGCAAGAGAAGGUGCAACCUCAGAGCCAGUAACUCUGUGUUUGGAGACCCAUGCCGUGGCACCUACAAAUACCUGGAGGUGGAUUUCGUCUGUAAGAAACCAAAGCGCAAAGAUGGAAAGAGCAAAGAGGACAAGACCAAAGACAAUGAGACCAAAGACGAUGACAGCAAAGCUGCAAAGAGCAAAGACGAUGAGACCAAAGAAGAUGAGAGCAAAUCUGGAAAAAGCAGAGAUGGAAGGAGCAGACUUGGCGAGAACAAAGACGAUGAGAGCAAAGACGAUGAGAGCAAAGCUGCAAAUAACAAAGAUGAUGAGAGCAAAGAUGAGCAGAGCAAAGCUGAUGAGACCAAAAGCGUGACCUGCGAGGGAAAAACAGCUAAACUCCGAUGCAGUGCUGGAAAGGUGAUCUCCGUCGUCAAAGCCAACUAUGGACGUGUCGAUGGGAACAAGUGUGCCGGAAGAAGACCAAGGGCUCAGCUGAGAAACAUUCGCUGCAAAAAUCCGGCUAAAAAAGUUGCUCAGAAGUGUAACGGCAAGAGAAGGUGCAACAUCAAAGCCAGUAACUCCGUGUUUGGAGACCCAUGCCGUGGCACCUACAAAUACCUGGAGGUGGAUUUCGUCUGUCAGGAACCUGAGAGCAAAGAUCGUCAGAGCAAAGAUGGCGACAGCAAAGAUGCUGAGAACAACAGCGUGACCUGCGAGGGGUCCAUGGCUCAGCUCAAAUGUGAAUCUGGACAGGUGAUCUCUGUCGUCAAGGCCAACUAUGGACGUCUGGAUGGGAAGAAGUGUUCCAGAGGAAGACCGAGGGCUCAGCUGAGAAACGCUGCCUGCAAAAAUCCUGCAAACAAAGUAUCUGAGAAAUGUGAUGGCAAACAAAAGUGCUUCAUCAAAGCCAGCAACUCGGUGUUUGGAGACCCAUGUCGCGGCACAUACAAAUACCUGGAAGUGGAUUUCGUCUGUCGGGAAGCCAAGAAGAAAGCUGGUGAGAUCAACAGCGUGACCUGUGAGGGUGCCACAGCCAAGCUCAGAUGUGCCGUUGGACAGGUUAUCUCCAUCCUUGAAGCCAAUUAUGGACGUCUGGAAUCCGGCAAGUGCGCCAAAGGAAGGCCAAAGUCUCAGCUGAGAAACGUCAAAUGCUCAAAUCCUGCAAGCAAAGUUUCUGAGACAUGUGACGGGAAAAGAAGCUGCAACAUCAGAGCCAGUAACUCAAUGUUCGGAGAUCCGUGCCGUGGCACCUACAAAUACCUGGAAGUGGACUACGUCUGUCAGGAACCGGAGCCCAAGCCUCGUGAAAUCAGCAGUGUGACGUGCGAAGGCUCCAGGGCUCAGCUCAAAUGCGAUCUUGGAAAGGUCAUCUCUGUGGUCAAAGCCAACUACGGACGUCUGGAUUCGAAGAAGUGCUCCAGAAGACGACCCGGGCGCCAGCUGAGAAACGUCCAGUGCUCAAAUCCUGCAAACCAAGUUUCUGAGCAAUGUAACGGAAAGAGGCGGUGUUCCAUCAGAGCCGUGAACUCGGUGUUCGGAGACCCGUGUCGAGGCACCUACAAGUACCUGGAGGUGGACUACGUCUGCCAGGAACCCGAGAGCAGAGCCGGUGGGAAGAACAGCGUGACGUGCGAAGGUUCCACGGCCCAGCUCAAAUGUGAUGCUGGACAGGUCAUCUCCAUCAUUAAAGCUAAUUAUGGACGUCUGGACGGGAGGAAGUGUGCCAGAGGACGACCGAAGUCCCAGCUGAACAACGUCAAAUGCUCAAACCCCGCAAACAAAGUUUCAAACCAAUGUGACGGCAAACAGACCUGUUCUAUCAGAGCCAGCAACUCAGUGUUCGGAGACCCGUGCCGCGGAACGUACAAGUACCUGGAGGUGGACUACAUCUGUCAGGCUCCGAGACUUCGGACCAGAGGACUGACCAACGUGGUCUCCUGUGAAGGAUCUGCGGCAGUGCUCAAGUGCGACAACUGCGGGGUGAUCACGGUCAAGAGUGCAUACUACGGCCGGCGUGACAGGACCACCUGCUCCGAAGGUCGACCGGCGGCUCAGCUGAGGAACAGCCAGUGCUUCAACCCUACCGGGAAAGUGGCCGAGAGCUGCGACGGGAAAACCACCUGCAUCAUCAGAGCCAGCAACUCGGUGUUCGGAGACCCGUGUGGCGGAACCUACAAGUACCUGGAGGUGGACUACACCUGUGAACUGCACGAGCAGUCGUCCCGCCAGUCCCACAGCGUGACCUGCGAGGGCUCCGUGGCUCAGUUCCAGUGCGAACCCGGACAGGUCAUCUCCAUCCUCAAGGCCAACUACGGACGUCUGGACGAGAACACAUGCGCCGCCGGGAGGCCCAAGGCUCAGACCCGCAACGUGAAAUGCUCCAACCCCGCCAACGAAGUUUCUCAGCUCUGUCAAGGCAAAAGCAGCUGCUCGGUCGGCGCCAGCAACUCGGUGUUCGGAGACCCGUGUGGCGGAACGUACAAGUACCUGGAGGUGGACUACAUGUGUCUCAUCCGCAGUGUGACCUGUGAGGGGAACGUGUCUCAGAUCAAGUGCAGUCCUGGAAAGAUCAUCACCGUCCUCAACGCCGUCUACGGCCGCAGUGACCAGAAGACCUGUCUGUCCAAGCGAGCCGAAGCUAACGUGGAAACCUGCUCGGUGGCGGUCGACAGCGUGGCGGAGAGGUGCAACAGGAAGAACAGCUGCUCGGUGGCGGCGAGGAGCGCGGAGAUCGGAGACCCGUGCGAGGGCACGUCCAAAUACCUGGUGGUGGACUACCUCUGCGAAACGAAUGUGGUGGGAUAAAAGCCCCACGUCACCACGGCAACACAGGUCCUCUCGGAUGGAACACACCCCGGCAGAACAACCACACGCGAGCGUACGUGGGCGGCGGCGUGCCGGCCGUGCGCUCGGCGGCGCCCCCUGCUGGCGCCCUGUACAGACAGCUGAUCCCAGCCUUUCCGCUGCUCUUCUCUCUCUCUCUGUUUCAUCCCCUUCUGUGAAAGUGGAGCGCUCUGCUGCGACUGCUUCAGUCUGGAUCUCUAAUAAACUUCACUGGCAUCCAAA